UGGCAGGAGAUAGUGUACAUUAUCAAUAUUGAAUAGUGAUUACUGAUUGGAUUUGGAAACAAUUUUUUCGGAGUCGAAUGGGAGUGGGUCUAUAAUAUUGUUAUUUAGAUAUAUAAACGUAAAUAAGACUUUUAUUUUGUUAGCUAGAGUACAUAGAUAAAAUAAUCGAAAAUAUCUUAUCCAGCAUUCAUGUUUUGAUUGUGAUGUAAAUUAAACGUGUACCUUGAGUGCAUCAAUUACAAACGAGUGAAUCGUGAAUCCCGCGAGAUUUGCGGUUUCCGGCUCCUGUUAUCACUUUGCUUCAUAGUCUGAAAUGAUAUAAUAGUCUGAACUAUGGGCGACAAAAUGCCAGCAAAAAGUCUGGAAGAGGAGUAUAUGGAUAUAGCUAACAGUAAUGCAUGGCCAAUUGUCUAUCAAACAAUUGGACGUGAAUGUAAGCAGCACCCAUUUACAGAGGCAAAGAGACUACAAAAUAAACCCUUAAAUCGUUAUAGAGAUGUCAAUCCAUAUGACCAUAGUCGAAUUACUCUGAGACGCAUUGAAAAUGAUUAUAUCAAUGCUAAUCUUGUUAAGAUGGAGAGAGCUAACCGCCAAUACAUACUCACACAAGGCCCGCUAGUAGCUACUGUUGGUCACUUUUGGUUAAUGGUUUGGGAGCAGAAUAGUCAUGCCAUCUUGAUGCUGAACAAGUUGAUUGAGAAGACAGAGGUCAAGUGCCACUGGUAUUGGCCAAAUGACAUUGGACUUGUGUUGCACUUGAAUGAUGUUGGACUAGAUAUUCACUAUCUGAGUCAAGAAGAUUUUAGUUACUAUAAAACUCGGACUUUCAAAAUAUGCGACAGAGUAAGCGAGGAGGAACGGAUAGUAGUACAGUACCACUAUACGACAUGGCCCGAUUUUGGAGUUCCUAGUUCGCCCAUUGCAUUUUUAGACUUCUUGAAAAAGGUUCGAGCGUCUGGUGCUUUGGAUCCAGAAGUCGGACCAGCAAUAGUUCAUUGCAGUGCUGGUAUUGGGCGUUCUGGAACGUUCUGCUUAGUCGAUGCAUGCUUGCUCAUUAUGGAAAAGGAAGGUUUGAGCAACGUUAACAUUCCAGAGGUGUUGGUGGAAAUGCGUAAUUAUCGCAUGGGAUUGAUUCAAACGCCGGAUCAAUUACGCUUUUCCUACCAAGCAGUAAUCGAAGGCGCCAAGAGAUUUAACCCCGAUUACAACGAAGAACUGGAUGAGAGCAUUUACUCUACUGUGGAAGAAGAGGAGGCUCCGCCCCCGCCGCCUCCUCGAGGCGAGAGUCUCUCUAGGCCUCCAGUGAGACCCCUACCUGCGAUACCAACGAGUGCCUCACUUGGUAAUCUGAAGAGCGAAGUGUCUGAAAGUCCAACAUGGGAAGCAGAAUCGCCGCUACCACCGCUGCCGCCGCCUCGAAAGUUCUCCGCUUCAUCCUCCAGCGAGGAAGUAGAAGAGACUGUGCCUCUGCCUGACAGUGGCGCUGACAAACCGGAAACACAACUUCGUCGGCGCAAUCGUGAGCUAGCUGAGCGGGUGUCGGCAAUGAAGAAACGAGCUCGCGAGGUGGAGAAAUGGCAGAAAAUCAAGAGGUCUCUAUACAAGCCACUCACUAUUACACUGGGUUUCAUACUAACCGGGCUAAUUAUCUACUCCUACGUGAAACACUGAGCUCGUACCAAGCCACCGGCAUACAUUGUGGCUUAUAUAAUGUAGCGAUUUUUAUAAUUAUUAACUAUUAGUUUAAGAUGAUCAUUCCUUCGUUAUGCUGACGCGCUGUUCGAUGCAAACCUAGUUUAACCUAGUUUACAUAUAACAUACAUGACCACAAUGCCUGCUUACAUCGAAUAUAUAAUUUAAGAUUAUUUUGUACGCAUUUGGUCAUGUCAAUAUUGACUUCACAUUAAUUACAAAUACCAGUACCAAUAUGUGUCGUCCCAUAUGAUGGAAUGUAUUAAGGGAUCACAUAAAGGGAUAAAAAAAGCAAGAAAUUAAUUUAAGUGUCAAUCUCGGAUCGUCCAUUUAGGAUUGCUAUUGAAUAUACAAAUCAGCUGUUGAUUGCAUAUUAACACGUUAACAGAUACAUCAGAUCAGAUUCGUGACGCACAUAAGUGACCUCAAGAUGCCAUACAAAAGAGGUUCUAUAGUUUCCCUGGACUUGUGAGUAGGCAUUCAUUUUGACAGGUUGUUCAUAUGUAUUUGAUAAUCUGUACAUUCUAGGAAGAGAGAAGGGCAUAUAAAUGAAAAGAUGAAUGUAGUUUUUAUAAAAGUUUAAUACUUUUUAUUCAUUCAUAAGAAAAGCAAUCAUGCAAUUUCAAAAAUGAGAGAUAAAAUUUUAUGAAAUAAAUUAAAACAUUUGGGACAAUAAUCUUUCUUGCACUUAUGAUACUUGAGAAGUAGCACUUUCAAGAUUUAUUGAGACAUUUCAUUGUCAAAUCUUUCUUGUGGUAGCAACAUUUUGGUUGCACUAUAUUCGCGUGAGUCCCCUGACUAACAUGUGCUCUGAAGACAUUAUAUUUUGUAUUGCUAAUAAUUAUUUUAGACAUAAUAGCCGUUAUUUCCUAACCGUUAAGUUAUCAACUAACGAACAGUGUUUGAACCACACUCAUCGACAUUUUAACUACAUUUAAGAGCUGUAUUCUAAGUAGUCUGAAAUUGAAACGCAAAAUCUUCGCCGUAUAUGUGUCACUGUUACUGUCGAUAAAUAUAUUUAAUUUAGCCCCAAUUUUAUCAUUGAAGUGUUAUACUUCGAUUUUGAACAUUCAACUAAGCUUACGCCUGUAAACAAAACUAAAACAGUUAGCUUAUUGCUAACACUAAAACACUUAAUAUCCUAAUAACCAUUACAUCAUCCAAACGAGUGUUGUAAUGAAAUUCAGUACAACAUUACAACAUUCGUUUGGUUGAUGUAAUGGUGACUAGGACUAGCUUUUCUAAUGUGAGCAUUAAGCUAACUGUUUCAGAAUAUUUUAUAGAGGAUUCAUAUAAUGGGUGUAGAUAAAGUCUUGUAUGCAACUGUUGAUAAUUAGGUAUUAAAACACUCAUGUGAUAUGCAGCAAUUUAACGCAUUUAUAACCUAAACGCGUUUAAAUGCUGAUAAAAAUUUAUAUGUAUAACUAUUUUGAUUUUCUAUUCUUCCUAUCGUGGCUUCUGUGGAAGCCACACAACAAAUUAGCCAGUGUCAAGGCAAAGUAGACUACCAAGCUUUGUUGAGUUUUUUAGUACUUAUCAAUGACAGUUUUGACAGGUAUUUGAUACAUUCUAUUGUUUAUGAUAUUUAAACUCAGUUUAAUUACUCAGUGAAAUCGCUUUGUGUUUAAUCGCAAUCAAGACUGGUGAUGGUGCAUAGUGACAAGAUGGUGUCAUUAUGCACUUCUACGGACAGUUCUAUCAUUCAAAUCUCAGUCAAAAAAAUAUUUAUAUAUCGUGUCCGAUAAUUCUGACAAUAAGAUGAGUAGAACUGAAUAAAUAACCAAUUUUGAAUUGCAUUUAUAAGGAUGACUAAAAACCCUGCAGAUCUAGAAUAAAAUCAAUAACAUAUAUAUAUACCCUACACUGUAAAUUAUCUCUGGAUUUGACGUCGAGCAUCAAUAGGAUAUUAUUAUUAAUAAAUGAACAACGAUUUAGCUUUUUAAACUUAUUAAUUGAUGUGAAGAUG